UGAUUUUUGAUUACCUACAUAGCCGACACAUCCGUUCGAAAACAAGAGGUUUCGUUUAUUUCACAGUUUUAGAGAAACAACUAAUUAAAGAAUGCCAAGGAGUAGAUCUCGAUCUCCAAGAAGAGAUAGAAAAAGAUCAAGAUCUAGAGACAGAGAAAGACAUCGUCACAGAAGCAGGUCAAGAUCUCCCAGAAGACGAUCACCACGAAGAGAGCGAGAGAGACACAGAUCGAGAUCUGGAUCACCUAAAAGUAUUCACAAACGAGAAAAAGAGAGACAUGAACCACAUACUAGUACUACUAUUAGUAGUAGCAGUAGUAGUAGACCACCAAAACAGCCUCAAGCUCCAAAAAUAUCUGCACAGGAAUUACAAGGGAUGUCAGAAGAAGAGCAGCAGAUGGCCAAGUUAAUGGGAUUUGCAUCAUUUAAUACAACAAAGAAUAAAAAAGUGGAUGGAAAUGAUUCUUAUGCUGCCUAUUUACCAAAGAAAAGAAGAUAUAGACAGUACAUGAAUAGAAGAGGAGGAUUCAACCGUCCUUUAGAUUUUAUAGCAUGAGCAGUCCAUUAAUUGUACAGAAAGAAUGUAAAGUCUGGUUCUUUGCAUUAAAGUGGUGCCAAGAUCAUGGAUUAGAAAGAGAUUUUAUUGUGAAUAAUGUUGUAAAACUAUUGGGACUUUUUUUAAAUAUUGGAAAAAAACAGUUGUUUUGUUAGUUGGAAUUAUGAACAAAUUUGUUUUUAAGUCUAUUGGUAUAAUCAUACAAAAAUUUUGCCAAUAUUAUAAUUAAGCCUUUUUCCAGAAAAAUUGAUACGAAAACAUGUGAAGUUAAAAUCUUCCCUAAAUAUAAAUUGAGAAUUUAAAUUAUAUUGGUAACCUAUUUUUAUACCUACAAGGAUAGUGACAUACUUUACCAAAAAAAAACAUUUCAUUGUAAGAGCAGAAAUGCAAAAGGGCUUUUAGAAAUUUUAUUUAUUAAAAGUUGUGUGUGUAUAUAAAUGUUGUGUACAAGUUAUAAUUCUGUACAACAAAUAAUAUGUACUGAGUAUUUGUAAAAUUAAUCACAAUUUUAUGAACCUCUUGAAAUGAUUGGAUAACAUAAGAAUGUUGUCUUUGAUUCUGCUUAUGACUGUCAUAUUUACAUAACACUGAUACAGUAGACUCCACCUAAUCCGAUAACGGCUAAGCAAAUAUAUCAGCUAUUGUCAUAUUAUUUCAAAACACCAAACCGUUUCCUAUAUGUGAAAUAAAUGUACAAUCGGAUAAUGGCUAAGCGAAUAUAUCAGCUAUUGUUAUAUUAUUUCAAAACACCAAACCCUUUUCUAUAUGUGUAAUAAAUGUUAAAUUUAUUGUGUAUAUGAAUAUUGAAUAUAAGAAUAUAUAAGCAAAUCAGACAGGAAUAUUCAUGAAAAAUCUAUCAAAACCAUGAACAAUCGAAUAUUUUCAGUGUUUUUCUGACAGGACAUAAACUUAAGUUUUUAUAAGGACUCUGGGAACUUAAAAUCUGGUAUUAAAGAAAAAUAUUUAUAAAGAGUUCAACUCGGGCUGGUUUCCUGAUUUGCUUCUUUAUGCCAACGAGCACGAUACUUAAUGUUAGAUUGAUGUAUAUACAUUUAUGAAUGUAUGUACAAUUUGGAGUAAAACAUCAAGCUGGUUAUUACAAGAAAAUUUGUAUCACCUGGUGAAAUAAAGCUGGUUUCAAAAUAAUAAUAACUUGUUCAAAAAAUCUGUACAAAAUAACAACUUGUAUACAGCAUAUAUAUAUUACAAUUUUAACCUCCACAUACUCGACUGUGUAUGAAUGACAAAUGUGUGAGAGAUAGGAAUGUUGUCAGAAAAGGAAUUUGAGUACAUCGUUUCAUUGCUAUCACUAUUUCAUUUAUAAUUUGGAUAGUUUAAUUGAGUUUUGUAUAGAAUAUUUAAAAUAGCUAACAAAUUUUAUGAUUUCCGUUAAAAAUUGUUACACAACACUCCUAUUUUAUUUAUUUUAUUAAAAGCCACGAUUGUUAUAAAUUUUACAUAUUGUGAUUUUUUUGAUAGAAUUUUAUAAUAAUUGAGAAACUCUAUUUUUUAUCUGCAUCUACAAAAACGUAAUAUUGUGAAUAACUUUGGUGGUCAGACAUUAUUUAGGAAACUGUAAUUUUAAAAUCUCUAAAUAGGGCAGUACCUUUCUGGAACUUCACGCAUUUUCACAGCAAAGAUCGCAUGUUUAAUUAUAUCUAUUCAGACCUCCUGUCCAAUGUUAAUUUUUCCUGUUGUGAAUGCCUUUGGAAACUUUGAUUGUCUAGGUAGGACAAUGUUAAGAAUGGCAGAAGUGUGAUGGAUAUUAUGAAUGGGACAUUGUAAUUGUAUUGUGAGAGUAAAUACACUAUUGUAAAGAU